AUGGCGCGGGCUACGUACCUGUCGCGUCGGCCCUGGGUGCCCCUGUUGCUGCUGCUGCUCAUUUGGGUUCAGUUGUUGUGCUUUGGGCCUGUAUCAGCCGUGCCGGUGAAGACGGCGCAGGCGCAGCAGACGUUGGGUCGCUUGCUCGCUGCCGCUCAAGCUCAAGCUGACCCCAACGCUCCUCCUGCUGCUGGUGUUGGUGUUGGUGCUGGUGUUGGUGCUGGUGCUGGUGCUGCUGGAGGUGGAGGUGGAGGUGGAGGUGUUGAGUCAUUGUUCAAGUCCGUGUCAGAGCCAUUUGCUGCGGCUCGUGGUCAAAUCAAAGCCUUCACCGCAACGUCUGAGGUACGGGGCUGCUGGGUUUCUAUUCUGGGGGUCAUCGUUGCUCGCUCCGCCGUUCCCCCGCCGUUCGGAUCUCAAGGUUGCCAUCGCUACUCGCAGAUCGCACCCCGCUUGCCGCCGUCGUCUCCGCCGUCGCCGCCGCCGCCGCCGCUUGAGCAGCUGCUUCCGCCCCCGCCCUUUUAUCCACCCCCUCGUCCCCGACCAACGGGCAUGCCCCGCUGCAAGCUUCCCGGCACUCCACCGGAAGAUCCUACCUACAACCUUCCUCUGUGCCCACCCCCCAGCCCAUUUUCCACCGCUGCGCCUUUUCCCACCACCACUACCGCCGCCACUGCCGUUCCCACUGCUUCCAUCACAAAUCCCCGCCGCAGCAGCGCCACCGCCGCCACUAUCAUCACCACCACCACCACCACCAUGGCCCCGCCCGCUCAUGUUACUUCCUCCCCGCCAGCCGAUGCCUCCCACCACCAUACCUUAAACGUGACCCACAAUCCCGGCACUGCCCCGCCGCCCCCUUCUUCCCUCCCUUCCUGGGCCCUGCCCGUCGCCAUUUGCACCGGCGCGUCCAUCUUGAUCCUCCUCGUCAUCAUUGCCAUUCUUCUCGUGCGCCGCCGUCGCCGCCGUCACAUUGCUUACUCUUAUGCCGAUCUCAAUGAGGCAACUGAAGAGCUGCUCGAUGUGAAAACCCAGGGUUACCCCGGCGUGGCAGCCCCGGCCAUAUCUUACAACGGUACGCUUGCUUCUUUUGACCCCUUCCGUCCCACCCUCUUCUCUCCUUCCUCGCCGUCUUCUUGGGCUCACUCAACCGUGAUGACCAACCAAAACCCCGGCCCGGCAGACAUCAAGGCUUGCAUGUUCGAUGCCGACCCUGCAGACCUGGCUGGCGUACUCAGUCAGGCCAACAGCAAGGGCGAUCUGCUUGAAGAGCAAGACGAGUUUGGCUUCACCCUUUUAUCCUGGGCCAUUCGCCUCGAACGCGCCGACCUCAUCCCCACCUUUCUUGAACUUGGCGCCAACCCCGCCGUUAUUGACACCAAGCACCAAACCCUUCUCCACCUGGCUGCGGAACAGGGUAACGACCAAGCCUGCGCACGCGCUUUGAGCGCCCUUCUGGCCGCGGUCGCCUCCUAUCCAGACAUUGUCAAUGCCUACAACGACCAAGGCUACACCUGUCUUAUGCAGGUCGCUGCUCUCAACAUGCCCAUCUCCGCCCGCGUCCUCCUCGCACAACCGGCCUGCAACCUGCGUCUUGGUGACCCUCGAGGACAAACCGCCCUCCACCUCGCCAUCCUCCACAGCUCCCGCGACGUCCUCCACGAAUUUCGCUUAGCUCAACCUCAGCAUCCUCUCUGGACAGAUUGCACCGCCACCGGUGCCACGCCCCUCCAUCUGCUCGCCACUCACAACUGCACAGACGAAUUGGAGUGGCUCCUGUCCACGGGUGCCGUUCGCUUCAACUCAGAGGACGGUCAAGGCCGCACCUGGCUGCAUUGUGCCGUCCUCGAAGGCCAUCUUCAACUUAUGCAGCACGUCCUCGCCACCCUUCACGUCAAUCAACAGAUGUUGAUCAUGAUGCACGCUGCCCGCGACGGUACCCGUCCCAUCGAUCUGGCCACCCACCUGCAUGCCACAGAUGUCGUUGAGUGGCUUGAAUCCCAUUCAGCUCGCCUCAGCUCCAGCCUGGCCCCAAACAUGCUGGCCCCACGCAAACUGUCCAGCCAUGCCAUGGACGAGGAGGAGGAUCAAGGCACCGGUUAUAGCGAUGGUUGCGGCAACUCCCCCGAUUCCUUCCGUGCCGACUCCUCGGAAGACGAGAGUCGCCGUGGCGCUAGUCGUACCGCUAGUUUGUUGUUGGCCGCCGGGUCAGCCUCAGACGACCACGCGCAAGUGACUGCAUCCACCGCUGCCUCCUCCCGCACCAGCUCCUCCAACCUUUCUCUGCAAUCGGCCGAGUCCCUGAACAAGCGCCCUAGCCGCAGCCGUGCGGCUUACAUGCGCGACCGCCGCCAAAGAGCAAAAAAGUCAGAGGAUGCCAUGGAGAGCCGCGUGGCCGCCCUGCGCUCAGAAGAGAUGGCCUUGCGCGCUGCCCUUGCCGAGCUUCAGCGAGACAAGGAAGCUUUGCUCAACAGCUCUCAGGACAACACUGAAGCGUAA